AUGAGAAAUGAUUGGUACGGGAUCGAGAAAGAAAGCGAUGCAAAAAGAGCUAAAGAAACUCCAAAUCAACUUGCUGCAAGACUUUUGCAAAGGAAACAAGUACUAUACGUUGAAAAAAUAACUUAG